AAAAAGCUAGUGGGAACCAGCAGCUGAGUUAAUCUUGUGCAAUUCUCCAGCAGUGGAUUGUAGCAGCAGCAGCCAACUCACACGAAACCCCAUCGUACCUUCAGCAAGAUGUCAUCACGGUACGAUUUGAACGUUCCGGUACCGGGAAUUUCUCCGAUCGCCGCACUAUCCCGAGACCAGAGACGGCCCACUUCGGACGAGGAAAUGGUGAACGUUGUCGAUCCGGACUUCACCAUUCGCAAGCGACGCGUUUGGUCACCCGAAGAGGACGACUCACUGGCCUCGGAGGACAUGGACCUGUUGGACGACGAUGACGACGAGCUGGAGGAGGAAGAAGACGACGGUGUCGGUUGUCCGCUUCCGUCCACUCCAGAAGAUACCCAGCUGCUGGAAGCGGAAAUGACCGAAGUCCUCAAGGCUGGUGUCCUUUCGGACGAAAUCGAUCUGGGGGCAUUGGCUCACAAUGCGGCCGAACAAGCCGAAGAAUUUGUCCGCAAGGUUUGGGAAGCCUCGUGGAAGGUGUGCCACUUCAAGCACCUUCCCGCCUGGCUGCAGGAUAACGAUUUCCUACACAAAGGCCACCGGCCACCGUUGCCAUCGUUCAGUGCUUGCUUCAAAUCGAUCUUUCGAAUUCACACCGAAACUGGCAAUAUUUGGACGCAUCUACUGGGGUGCGUGAUGUUCAUCGGCGUUGCGACAUACUUCCUGACGCGGCCAUCGUUCGAAAUUCAGCUACAGGAGAAAUUGAUCUUCCUGUCGUUCUUCAUCGGUGCAAUUGUGUGCUUAGGAUGUUCGUUUGUUUUCCACACGCUAUGCUGCCAUUCGGAGAUGGUGGGAAAACUUUUCUCGAAACUCGACUACUGUGGUAUUGCACUGCUCAUCAUGGGCUCGUUCGUCCCAUGGCUGUACUAUGGCUUCUACUGUCACUACAAACACAAGAUGAUCUACUUGACGGUCGUAAUUGUGCUGGGCAUCACCUCGAUCAUCACUUCCCUGUGGGAUAAGUUUUCCCAGCCGAAUCUGAGACCAUUGCGCGCAGGUGUCUUCAUGAGCUUCGGUCUAUCCGGCAUCAUCCCGGCCAUUCACUACGUCCUGAUGGAGGGUUGGUUCAGCAAAAACUCCCAGGCCAGUCUCGGUUGGUUGAUCCUGAUGGGCUUGCUGUACAUUCUGGGAGCCCUGUUCUACGCCCUGCGAGUGCCCGAACGAUGGUUCCCCGGAAAGUGCGACAUUUGGUUCCAAUCGCAUCAGAUUUUCCACGUGCUCGUGCUGGUGGCCGCCUUCGUGCACUACCACGGAAUCAGCGAGAUGGCCAUGUACCGGGUUACGGUCGGCGAGUGCGACAUCCCACACCAACAUCCGGCGAUCAGUUUUUGAGGCUCUUCCUACGUCUAAACGCUCUAGAUGAAUGCAAAAGCCUGAUUUCGGUUUUCCCAUUCUUUCUUUGCUGUGUUGAACUUGUUGUCAAAUCUAAUACCUUAUAUAGAAAUAUGUACUCUUGGAUUAAUUUAUGUUUAGCCCCGUUUUUGUUGAAGUAGAUACAGGAAAUCUUGCAGCAGAGAUGAUUUUUCUUUAAAUUUGUUUAAUAUUUUUCUUGUUUUCUAGAAUGUACACAAACUAAUAUAUGUUAUACGAACCCUAGUAUCAACCAAGUCAUUAAACUUUCAUCUUCUCUAAACAAAACAACAACACUACUUAAACGGAGUGCUACUUGCUUCACCGGAAUGGACACAGUCGCAGUGCGAAGCGUUGCCACUCCGUUCGAGAAGUCGCGACGCAUACAAACACCCAUAUUCUCGUUUACGAUCGAACCGCAUUUUGCAAACAAAACAAAAAAUGUGUUUUUAUAGGAAAAAUACGUUUCCGACCGUAAGCGAGGAUAAUGGUGAAUGCUUUUUCGUAGUAUUUUUCCUAAUAAAACGAAACUAUUUUUCAUUACGAAAUAAGUCAAUAAGAUAUGAGAAGAAGAAGAAGAAAAAGAUAGAAUCACUUUAAAAAUACAAUUGUUUGUGCAAGCAGAAAACACGUACACAUAUAUAAACAUAGGACAGAGGUAAGUUAAUUGAAUAAAUGACAACAAAAGAUUGCUAAAUAUGGCGGUAAAAGUGAAAAAAUGAAACAUAUAAAAA